ACGAGGCCGCGGCGGCGGCUCGGCGGGGCCGGGCCAUGGAGAGCCCCGGCGGCAGCGGCUCCCUGCGCGGCGACAUCAGUUUCUGGGCCGACCGGACGCCGGUGCACGAGGCCGCCCGCAGAGGGGAGGUGGUGCAGCUGCAGCGGCUGAUCGAGAGCGGCGCCUGCGUCAACGCCGUCACCUACGACUCCAUCACACCCCUGCACGAGGCCAGCCUCCGGGGACAGGCCCAGUGCGUCAAGCUGCUGCUGGAUGCGGGGGCCCAGGUGGACGCGCGGAACAUCGACGGCAGCACGCCGCUGUGCGACGCCUGCGCCUCGGGCAGCAUCGAGUGCGUGCGGGUGCUGCUGUCGCACGGCGCCAAGGUCAACCCGCCGCUCUACACGGCCUCGCCGCUGCACGAGGCCUGCAUGAACGGCAGCCCGGAGUGCGUGCAGCUCCUGAUCGAGGUGGGUGCCAACCUGGAGGCCCACGACUGCCACUUCGGGACCCCCCUGCACGUGGCCUGUGCCCGGGAGCACCUGGACUGUGCCAAGCUGCUCCUCCAGGCAGGAGCCAACGUGAACGCUGCCAAGCUGCACGAGACGGCGCUGCACCACGCGGCCAAGGUCAGGAACGUGGACCUGGUGGAGCUGCUGGUGGAAUUUGGUGGGAACAUCUACGCCCGGGACAACCGGGGCAAGAAACCCUCGGAUUACACCUGGAGCAGCAGCCCCACGGCCAAGUGCUUCGAGUUCUAUGAGAAGACGCCGCUGAGCCUGGCGCAGCUGUGCCGGGUCACCGUCCGCCGAGCCGCCGGCCAGCGGGGCCUGGACAAGAUCUCCAAGCUGCAGAUCCCGCCCCGGCUCAUCCAGUACCUCUCCUACAACUGACAGAGCCAGGAAAAUCCCUGGAAUUCCUGGGAAAAACCCCACAGGAUCGGAGGAUUUCUCCUUCUCUUCUACCUCCCCCACAAAACCCCGUUUUAAUUUAAUUUCAGGCACUGCUGUAAAUAGGAUUUGUCGGGAAUGCCUCUUUCCCGUGAGAUUUCUUGGAACUUCCCAGGUGGAAUUUUAGCCUCUCCCGGGUGGGAUUCCCUGAUUUUCCUGGAUUUCCUCUGUGGGAUCCAGCCAGGGGGGAGAGAAAUGGGAUAACUGUGGAGUGGCCAGCUGAGAAUUCUGUGCUCUGGAGCAGCUCUGAUCCCAUUUUGAUCCCAUUUUUCCCUGCACAGACCCCUCUGAUCCCAUUUUGAUCCCAUUUUUCCCUGCACAGACCCCUCUGAUCCCAUUUUGAUCCCAUUUUUCCCUGCACAGACCCCUCUGAUCCCACUUUGAUCCCAUUUUUCCCUGCACAGACCCCUCUGAUCCCAUUUCUGAUCCCAUUUUUUCCCGUUUUUAUCCCGUUUUUCCCUGCAGGGAUCAUCCAUCUCCUUUUGGAUGAUCCAGCCUGGAAUGACCCAGGACCCCUUUCCCUGCUGGCUGCAGGGGGACUGGGAGGGGAAAUCCUUGGAUUUCCAAAUCCUUGGAUUUGGAUGGGAUCCCACCCUUGGGAAUAACUCCAGUGACAGCUGCAAGCCCUCCUGGGGACAAAUUAAUUCCCUGUUAAUUCAUUAAUUCCCUAAAUUAACGGUUCCCUAAAUGAAUUCCCUAAAUUAACAAUUCCCGAAAUGAAUUCCCUAAAUGAAUUCCCUAAAUUAACCAGCUCAGGGCUAAUUGGAGGCACUGCAGCUCGUUCAUUUAGGGAAUUUUUAGGGUUUUCCAGGAGCAUCCAGAGGCUUUGGGUCAACACCAGGAAUGAGGAGAGGCCAGGCUGGGAUUGGCUGUGUCCCAAUCCCAAUCCCAUCCCAUUCCCAUCCCAUUCCCAAUCCCAUUCCCAUCCCGAUCCCAUUCCCAAUCCCAUUCCUUUCCCCAUUCCCAAUCCCAUU